CCCGAGAGAGAUACAAAAUAUGUUUGCCCGUACCCUUGCACUCACCACAAAGCCCUCUUUUGUGACCAUGCCCGUUCGAGUCUCUGCCGGCGUAAUGAAUCAAGUGCGCCACCAUGCUUCUACUGUCAAUGACUCUACCAGUUCUGGCUCAAGACUGUCACAGCUGAAAUCAAGAUUGGCUGCAGAAGAAGCUUCUGCUUCGCUCGAUGAAUUCAUCAACCCCGGUCUGAAUCAAAAACUUACUGCUGAAGAGGCAUUGGAGCUCAGAGAGACAGUUGUUGGAACAAAAGUCAAGACCACUAAACUUAAACAGCCUCGUCUUCCUUCAUGGCUCAAGACAGACAUUCCCGCUGGCCAAAAUUUUGGCAAGAUCAAGAAAGAUCUUCGUGGUCUUAAACUACACACAGUUUGUGAAGAGGCUAGAUGCCCCAACAUCGGUGACUGCUGGGGAGGCGGAGAACAUCAGACUGCCACUGCUACUAUUAUGUUGAUGGGUGAUGAGUGUACUCGUGGAUGUCGUUUCUGCUCAGUCAAGACCAAUCGUGCUCCCAAGCCACUUGAUCCUCAUGAACCUGAACACACUGCCGAGGCUAUCAAGAGAUGGGGUCUUGAUUAUGUAGUCCUGACAAGUGUUGAUCGUGACGAUAUGCCUGAUGGUGGAUCAAGCCAUUUCGCAGAGACUAUUUCUAAAAUCAAACUCAAGGCUCCUCAUAUUCUUGUCGAAUGCCUGACUGGUGACUUUGGUGGAUCUCUUGAUUGUGUCAAGACUGUGGCAUUGUCUGGUCUUGAUGUGUAUGCACACAACAUUGAGACCGUUGAAGCCUUGACACCAUAUGUACGUGAUCGUCGGGCUGGUUUCCGUCAGUCACUGAGUGUAUUGAAGCACGUAAAGGCUGUCAAACCAGACAUGAUCACAAAAACAUCCAUCAUGCUGGGUUGUGGUGAGACAGACGACGAAGUUUUGGAGACCCUAAAGGAAUUGAGAAAGGCAGACGUAGACUGUGUUACCUUGGGACAGUAUAUGCGACCUACUAAGCGACACAUGAAAGUCCAUGAAUAUGUGACACCCGAGAAAUUCAAGCAUUGGGAGACUCAGGGCAUGGCCAUGGGAUUCAAGUAUGUUGCCAGUGGACCUCUUGUGCGAUCAAGCUACAAGGCUGGUGAGUUCUUUAUCAGCAAUAUCCUCAAGAAGAGAAAGGGUUUGCCUGUCUCUUCAAUGGAACCCAGUACAGAAAAAACAGCUUAAACCAAAUCCCAAAUCCUCGGUCACCUUUUCAUCUUGCAAUUCCCCUUUUUCAUCUAAAAUAAUAUAGUCCCUGAUCCUCAUUCUCUUGUUUCUUAUUUCGAUAUAUACAUAAAAGACAGUAAUAUCAUUCAUAUAAAAUAAUUACAAUAACAUCUGUUAA